AUGGCAGCAGAGCAGAGCGCAGGAGAAAGGAGCGCCGGGCUCAUGAAUGCUCGGGCGAGCGAUCGCGCCAUGGAUGGGUCGAUCGAUCGAUGGGCCCGUGAACGCAGGCGAGGGAGGGAGGACGGAAGAAGUGGAAGGGCGCAGAUCGCUGCGCUGACGGUGGUGGUUGUCGGAGCAGGAGCAGGAGCAGGAGCAGAGUUCAGGUACGAAGACGGGGAUUGGAGUGAUUGGAGGGGAGGAAGAGGAGGCGAGGCCGAGGCCGAGGACGAGGACGAGGAGCAGGUAAUAAAAGCAGGCGAGCAGACAAUGAUGGUCGGUCGGAGGCGGAUGGAAUGCACGUGCCGCGGCCAGGAGCUCGCAGUGGCGUCGUCGCCUGUGCGCUAA